AUGGAGAUGAUGGAACCUACACCGGAGGCAUUACAAAGAAAAUUAUAUUUUCUUUUAGAACAACUACAGGACAUGGCGAGAGAAUUGCCGCCCAAAUACCAAAUGAGGGUACCUAUUGAACUUCUAUCUGGGUUAGCCAACUGUCUUCUUAAUGAUACAGUUUUUGAAAUAGUUAAAGGUUUAAUGGAAAUACAACAUGUUACGGAAAAGCAUCUGUUUCAACAACGUCUACAAAUAAUAAACAAGCAUACUUUAGAGAUUCAAGAAAUGAUAAAUACUACAACUCCGGAGCAACAGGAAUCUAAACGGAAUGUUUUAUUACGUAGACAGAAAGAAGAACUAAAGCAAGCAGAUAUGAAAUUAGUCAUACAAUUGGAUCAAAAGGUCAGUGAUCAGCAAGAUACAUUAGAAAAAGCAGGAGUUCCAGGAUUCUUUGUCACAAGCAAACCAAUAGAGAUUAAAGUGCAAAUGUAUUUAUUGGACUUUAUUUUAAGACUGAGUAAAAUGGAUAUACCGCAUUAA